GCGGGCGGGAUCCCUCCGCUCUGGGGAGAGCAGCGCUGGACGGUUGAGUUGGGGUGACUGAGGAAAUCCAUCCGCGUCGCCGUCGCUGCCGCCUCCGCCGCGGAGGAAGACAGGACCUCCCGCGCUGCUCUAGCGACCCUUCGCAGAGUCCCACCGCCACAGGCCUCGGGCCAGCGGCGAGGAGCUGUCUCCCCCAGCCCCCGUCCCGCGGCCCCCAGCCGCCCCCAACCCCGCCCCACGGGCCCGGCGCCAUGAGUGAGCUGGAGCAACUGAGACAGGAGGCUGAGCAGCUCCGGAACCAGAUCCGGGAUGCCCGAAAAGCAUGUGGGGAUUCAACACUGACCCAGAUCACAGCUGGGCUGGACCCAGUGGGGAGAAUUCAGAUGAGGACGCGGAGGACCCUCCGCGGGCACCUGGCAAAAAUCUAUGCCAUGCACUGGGGGACAGAUUCAAGGCUGCUGGUCAGCGCCUCCCAGGACGGGAAGCUCAUCAUCUGGGACAGCUAUACCACCAACAAGGUCCAUGCCAUCCCUCUGCGCUCCUCCUGGGUCAUGACCUGUGCCUACGCGCCCUCAGGGAACUUUGUGGCCUGUGGGGGGUUGGACAACAUCUGCUCCAUCUACAGCCUCAAGACCCGUGAGGGCAAUGUCAGGGUCAGCCGGGAGCUGCCUGGCCACACUGGGUACCUGUCGUGCUGCCGCUUCCUGGAUGACAACCAAAUCAUCACCAGCUCUGGGGACACGACCUGUGCCCUUUGGGACAUCGAGACAGGACAGCAGACGGUGGGUUUUGCCGGACACAGUGGAGAUGUGAUGUCCCUGUCGCUGGCCCCUGAUGGCCGCACCUUUGUGUCAGGUGCCUGUGACGCCUCCAUCAAGCUGUGGGACGUUCGGGAUUCUAUGUGCCGACAGACCUUCAUUGGCCACGAAUCAGACAUCAAUGCCGUGGCUGUAAGUUCUGGACAGAGCUGGGCCGGCCUGUCUCUGCCAGGCUCCUGGCCUUGCUGUGCCCUCAUCCCACUCUGGUCCCAUGUCCUGCAGUUCUUCCCCAAUGGCUAUGCCUUUACCACGGGAUCUGAUGAUGCCACGUGCCGCCUCUUUGACCUGCGGGCCGACCAGGAGCUCCUCAUGUACUCCCACGACAACAUCAUCUGCGGCAUCACCUCUGUUGCCUUCUCCCGCAGCGGCCGGCUGCUGCUCGCUGGCUACGACGACUUCAACUGCAACAUCUGGGACGCCAUGAAGGGUGAUCGUGCAGGUGUCCUUGCUGGCCACGACAACCGCGUGAGCUGCCUUGGGGUCACUGAUGAUGGCAUGGCUGUGGCCACAGGCUCCUGGGACUCCUUCCUCAAGAUCUGGAACUAACAGCUGCCACCCCACUGAGCCCAGGCCAGGAGGGGCCCUGCCCAUGCCCACACUACAGACCGGGAGCUUUGGGGCUGGGUGCACACCAAGCCCCCCUCCCCGGGCCACCGGGCCUUGGGUCCCUGCUCCCCUACCCAGGUUUGGUUCCUCCCGGGGGCCCCCACUGUGGAGAUGAAGAUGGGAUAGAAUGGGGGGAGAGGAGGGGCAGAAAGCCCUCAUCCUUUUGCUGCCCUGAGGUUGGGGCCUCAUCCCUCUGGAGGGCCAGAGGCAGGAGGUAGAAACUCCAGGGGCUGGCUUUUUUAAAACUGGUUUUAUUUUAAUUUUUAUUAUAUUUUCAGUUUUUCCAUAAAGGAACCAAUUCCAACUCUGUA